CCCCUCCUCCUCCCUUCACCUCUCCCAAUCCCACAGAUCACAUAUCCAACAUGAGCGGAAGACCUGCCUCAGAAUACCCUUCAUGGAAGAAGCUCCAGCAGACCUAUGAUUCUGACAAGUCAAAGCUCGUCCUCAAGGAACUGUUCGCCCAGGACCCGCAACGCUUUGCCAAGUUCAGUAAGGAGUACGUCUCGCCAGAUGGCCCGCCGGUCACCUUCCUGCUCGACUACUCCAAGAACUUGAUCACGGAGCCGAUCCUCAACACGCUGCUCUCGCUCGCGCGCGAGGCGGAGCUCGAGACGUACCGCGACAAGAUGUUCGCCGGCGAGCACAUCAACACGUCCGAGGACCGUGCCGUGCUGCACGUCGCGCUCCGCAACUUCAACGACUUCCAGAUCCAGGAGGCCGGCGCAAGCGAGGUCCAGGGCGUGCUCGCACACAUAAAGGAGUUCACCGAGGCCGUCCGGAGCGGUGCCUGGAAGGGUUACACCGGCAAGACGAUCAACACCAUCGUCAACAUCGGCAUCGGUGGCUCCGACCUCGGGCCCGUCAUGGUCACGGAGGCGCUGAAGCCGUACGCGAAACGCGACCUGACGGCGCACUUCGUGUCGAACAUCGACGGGACGCACAUCGCGGAAACGCUGCGGGAGUGCGACCCCGAGCGGACGCUGUUCAUCAUCGCGAGUAAGACGUUCACGACGCAGGAGACGAUCACGAACGCGCACACCGCGCGAGAGUGGUUCCUGGCCUCAGCGAAGGACAAGGCGCACGUCGCGAAGCACUUCGUCGCGCUGAGCACGAACACAAAGGCUGUGACCGAGUUCGGUAUCUCGUCUACGAACAUGUUCCAGUUCUGGGACUGGGUCGGCGGCCGGUACUCGCUCUGGAGUGCGAUCGGCCUGUCGAUCGCGCUCGUGAUUGGGUACGACAACUUUGAGGAGCUGCUCAAGGGCGCGCACGGCAUGGACAAGCACUUCAAGACGGCGCCGCUCGAGCAGAACCUUCCCGUGCUCCUCGCGGUCGUCGGUCUGUGGUACAACGACUUCUACGGCGCGCAGACACAGCUCCUCCUCCCGUACGACCAGUACAUGCACAAGUUUGCAGACUACUUCCAGCAGGGCGACAUGGAGUCGAACGGCAAGUUCGUCACCAAGGGCGGCCAGCGCGUGGACUACCAGACUGGUCCGAUCAUCUGGGGAGCGGCGGGCACGAACGGCCAGCACUCGUUCUACCAGCUCGUGCACCAGGGCACGAAGCUCAUCCCGGCCGACUUCAUCGCGCCGGCGACGACGCACAACCCGAUCCGCAACUCGCUGCACCACCGCAUCCUCCUCAGCAACUUCUUCGCGCAGCCCGAGGCGCUCGCGUUCGGCAAGACGGAGGAGGAGGUCCGCAAGGAGGUGGGCCCGAACGCGUCGGAGGCGCUGAUCAAGUCGAAGGUGUUCGAGGGCAACCGCCCGAGCAACAGCAUCAUGUUCCCGAAGCUCACACCCGCGACGCUCGGUGCGCUCAUCGCACUCUAUGAACACAAGAUCUUCACGCAGGGUGUCAUCUGGGGCAUCAACUCCUUCGACCAAAUGGGUGUCGAGCUCGGCAAGGUGCUUGCGAAGAACAUCCUCGCGCAACUCGACAAGCCGCAGGAUGUCGUCGGCCACGACAGCUCGGUAAGCCCACACUUCUCCCUGAUGACCAUGCCGCUGACAUGCAUAACUCUGCAGACGACGGGUGUCAUCCACUACUACCAGAAGCAUAGGGUUGAGUGACUUGCCUCCGGUCUUGCACGGUACUAGUCAUGAGAAGUAGAUGAAAAUAGGGCAGGAAGAAGUAACCACAUGUAGAGAAAUUGUACUAGGAAUCACAAACAGGUCUCUUUGUUUGAUCCCA